ACCCUAGCAACCGGACUUAGCAACGGCCGUUUGUUUAUGUUUUGUUAUAUUCCAUAACAAGUCAGUUUUAUAGUUGAAGGUGCACUAAGUCAAGAAAAACACUUCCUUGAAAUGGCAGAUUUGCGAAAUGAUGAAGACUCUCCCGCAACAGUCAAAGCAUUCUCCUUGAAGCAACAGCCUACACAAGACUUCAUCAGUUUGGGUCACGAAAUCACUUCUUGUUUGCCAUUGCAAAUGAGCCUAUACUUCAAUGUGUUAAUCUUCCCAUUCUGGAUUUUAAUUUCAAUUAUAAUGCUGUAUUUAAAGUAUGAGUACUUGACAACUAUCCAUAGAUUUAUUCUAAUUUUAAUAAUUGUUUGUUUAACCACAAUUGAAAGCAUACGAUUGUACUUGGGAUAUUUGGGCAACCUGUCUGAGAAGGUUCCAGAAUUAGCUGGAUUUUGGGUAUUAUCAAUAGUUUUACAGUUACCACUUCACCUCCUCCUACUCUUCAGCCCACCAAUGUGGCCACUACCUGCUGAAUCAGCAAUUGAAUCUGUGAUGCUCGUUCUCCUUUUGUCUCAACUGAUGACAGGAUUUUUCGCACUCCGUAAAUCUGCUCUCCAUCAAGCUAGAAGAUAUCAUCUUGCUCAGAUUCGCAAUAAAAUGUCUACAGAACAAUCGGAAGUGGAAGUGAAAUAAUGUUUCCUAUGUUAGGAAAAGUGGCCAUUAUUUUUUUGUUAUUAAAGCAAGUGACAAGAAAAUGAACAGUCAAGCAAGUUUACCAUGUAGUAAAUGACUAGGAUACCCCACCCCGUGCAGGUUGUGUCGAUAUCCCGCGUCACCGUCGAGACGCUGGAUAGGAAGAGACCGGCCAUCGGGGAGUAUCGUCGAAUGGAAGUCACCGGACCGCGCUCGGCCCUCCGUCUCCGUCUCCAGGUGGCUGCACCAGGCUGAGUACCCAAGAGCUCACAUGCUCACAUAAACAGUAAGGCUGUCGACUUUACAAAUGUCCACGAAAGCACAAGAUGGACAUUUAGGUUCCUGGCCCUGGCCUCAUGGCGUGAGAUCGAGCGACCCCCUGAAGGCUGUGUGACGGGUGGGCGGAGGGCGGGUCAAUCCAUUGGAAUAUGCGAGGAAGAGAGUUGGCGGAUUAAUAACCAUUGGUCUUGGCAGGAUUGGAAACUCGAACUUGCGAGAAGCAAAUUCCUUGAAGAAUGGAGCGAGGGGGAAUGGGGUGGAGGAGUAACUGGCGGUGCCGUGGUUGCGCGCGGGAGAGAAAGAGAGAUCGGAGGGAGAAAGGGGGGUAGUGGAUGGAACGUUAUUAGUGGUGGUGAAGUGGAAGGGGUGGCAUGGCGUGGCGGGCUGCUAGACGCCGGCGUAUCAAUAUUAAAGCCCAGAAAUGUUCGGGCCAAGCCCACGGCGCCGGCGCCGACCUUCCCUGUUGAAAUAUUGGGCAACGGCCGACUGAGCGAAGAGGACGAAGAAAACAUCGGCCCGCCGGCCGGCCGGAACCGUCUGGCCACCGGGACAAGCAGGCCGACCUCGCCUUCGACUGAACGCUGGGUCUGGAGCUGAUCCUGGGGCGAUAAAAUGUUCGCCAACAACGAGAAGGCGACAGGCGAAAAAAAGAAGGGGGGGGGGUAGAGGCAUGUCCGUUUCACUCCAGUCGACUUUCUCUCACUCGGCAUUCUCUGCCUGGCCAGUCCGGUGCCCUCUCUGCCUUAGUCACCUCCCCACUCUCACUCACCCCCUCCUUAGCCCCUUCUACACUUCCCUCUUUUCACUGUUUCCUCUUUCCUUUAGCCGUCUCCACUUUUUUUCCGGCACACCCAGCUUUGAAGAGAGCGAAUGGUAGAAAAAAUAUGUAUUAAUAUAUAUACCUCCAGGCCAAGGAGGGAGCGAGUGAAGCUAUGGGCUGACUGGCUGACUGACUGACUGACUGACUGGCUGACUGACUGACUGCUGACUGACUGACUGACUGACACGGCAGAGGUCUCCCUCGAUUUUUUUUUCGUCCGCAUUUAAUAAUCUUCCUUCCCGUCCCGAGGGUGUUCUUUUUAAACCUGUCUCCUCAUAACACGCCCGCCCCACUCCUCCCCGCCUCACCACCCUGACCCGCGCUAGACCCUAACAUAAUCCUGACCCCCUCCCCGUUAAGUCGCCCUCAAAUGACGCCUCCUCGCCUCGCACCCCUGUCCGGUCUUCCUUCCUCGUCCCCGGAAUGAGGUUGAGGACAAACACCAGGUAAGCCCGUCAACAAGCUGCCUGCCAGGCCAGGCCAGGAGAGGAGGGGAAGGAUAUCUUUGUUUAGAGGGAUUGGCAGGCAAAACAAGGCGAAUCAGUGCCGAUGAGUUAAUCGGCUAUUCGGGGCACUACUAUGGGGAAUACAUCGUAGAGCUGCCUUCUUUUAUAACCCAGUUUAGUCCAGGAAUAAUCGAUUUCAGCCUGAAAAAAAAGAUGUAGCCUUGCAAAUUUACAAGGCUGGUUCACAAUUUCAUACUCUUUCAUUGAGCAUGGAAUCAAAUUUUCCAAUCCAGUUUUCUUAUGCAAUUCUGUUAUGUAUUGAUGAUUGCGUGUUUAUUUUGCUUUGAAAUAUGUAUAAUACCUGAAAAAAUAUCUGUGUAAUUAUGAGGAAAUUUAAAAAACCACAGAAAAAAAAAGGAACAUUAAAAAAUAUUUGUACAUAGCUCCCUCAUGAGAGUCUUGUGUACUAAAAUAUGUGUGUGGUGCUGGUUUUGGGUUGAGGGAGAGGGCAAACGAGGGAGAAACAGACAAAGUUGGGCAAAGUCGUACCUUAGUAGUGUUUGCAGUGCACAGCUGGUGAAGGCGGGGCGAGGCGGGAGCUCACGGAGUGUGAUGUGGUCGCCCCGUUUCAGUCGCCACCUGCCGACUGAUUCAGAGGAUCCCCUUCCUCGCUCUGUCUCUCUCGCACGCAUGGAGC